CAAAGCAGACGGAAGUAACGGAUGAGCAUGACAGUAUUAGAGUAACUAAUGACAACACAUAUCUGGCUGUGAAAGAACUGAAGAACAUACAUGAAACACUAAAUAAAAGCAACAAUCAAGAGAGCAUAACAAAACAAAAUGGAGAUACAGUAUGUAUACACAAAGAAGAGGUCUGAAUUUGGCCGACAAUGUAACUUCUCCGACAGACCAGCAGAACUUCAUGUUGAUAUUGCACCAAAUCCAUCUAUUGCACAGGAAUAUAUUGAAAGAAAUCCUGUUGACAUUGGUAUACAAUGUGUCCAGGAAAUGUCAGAGCAUGAGAUUAACACAGAAAGAUUUGAGACAGGAUCACGGGGAAUAAACCACACAGAAGGAGGUUGGCCAAAAGAUGUUAAUCCAGCUGAAGUAGAACAAGUGUCCAGAUACAGAAAGAAAGUAGAAAAAGAUGAAAUGUAUAUCAACACAAUUCAACAACUCGGAAGUAUUAUGGAAAGCAGAAUCAAACAGAAUAAUGCAAUAGACAUAUAUGAAGAAUAUUUUGAAGAUAUAGAAGGAGAUUUAGUGGAUGAAACACCCUCAGCAAAGACUAUCAAUGUAUUCAGAGAUCCAAAUGAAAUCAAACGUACAGCAACACAUAUGUCCUGGUUUCCUGAUGGACCAAAGAAACUGGCUGUGGCUUACUGUAACUUGGAAUUCCAAGGAUCAACACCAGAUACCAGUAUGGAGUCUUAUAUCUGGGAUGUUGAAAAUCCUAACAAACCAGAAAUGGUACUGAAGCCUGUUUCACCAUUAGUAUGUCUUGAAUAUAAUCCAAAAGAUUCUCAUAUAUUACUUGGUGGUUGUUACAAUGGUCAGAUAGCUUAUUGGGAUACAAGGAAAGGUUCACAACCAGUAGAAAUAUCACCUAUUGAACAAAGUCAUCGAGAUCCUGCAUACAAAACCAUCUGGAUCCAGUCUAAAACAGGAACAGAGUGCUUCUCAGCAUCAUCUGAUGGUCAAGUGUUAUGGUGGGACAUCAGGAAAAUGGGAGAACCAACAGAAAAAUUAUACUUAGACCCUACAAAGAAACAAGAUCCAACAAAAGCAAUGGGAGCUAUGUCAUUAGAAUAUGAACCUACAAUGCCAACUAAAUUUAUGGUAGGAUGUGAACAAGGAACAAUUAUGUCAUGUAACAGAAAAGCCAAAACACCAGCAGAGAAAAUAGUAGCUCAAUAUAACGGUCAUCUUGGUCCAGUAUACUCAUUACAACGUAAUCCAUUCUUCCCUAAAAACUUCCUCAGUGUUGGAGAUUGGAAAGCAAGGAUUUGGUCAGAAGAUAUUAGAGAAUCAUCAAUCAUGUGGACAAAACAAUACCAGUCAUACCUUACCGAUGGAUGUUGGAGUCCUGUCAGACCCUCAGUGUUCUUUAUUACUAAGAUGGACGGUACAUUGGAUGUUUGGGAUAUUAUAUUUAAACAAAAUGAUCCUACACUCAGUUUACAGGUGUGUGAUGAGCCUCUUCAUAGUAUACGUGUACAAGAACAAGGUAGAUUGGUGUCGUGUGGUUCACACUCAGGAACAACAACAUUGUUAGAACUAUCAGACAGUUUAUACUCAUUACAGAGAAAUGAAAAGAAUUUAGUUACAGCAAUGUUUGAAAGAGAAACAAGAAGAGAAAAGAUCCUAGAUGCAAGACACAGAGAAAUGAAAUUGAAAGAAAGAUCAAAGAGUUCAGCGGACAAAGAUAAGGAUGAAGGUGAAACUAAAGGUGAAGGGGAAGAAUAUAAUGAAGAGGACUUGUACACAAAGGCAGAAAAAGAAUUCUAUAAAAUUAUUGAAGAAGAGAAGAAAUUACACGAGAGACGACAAGCGACAAAAGACGACAUGGACAAGGGAGACAAGGGAAAGCAAUCACCAAUCCAAGAAGAAGAGGGUGAAGAAAAGGCAAAUGGACAACCUGAAAAAGAAGAAGGAAAGAAAGAUUAGUUUAUCUAACAUAAGACAUCUUAAAAGAGGCUAAACAAAGUGACCUAGACAUUAUGACAUCUACGAUAGCAUUUAGUUUUGUUUUCGUUUUGGAUUAGAUGCUGACUAUCAUAUGUAAUUACAACACAAAUUUGAAGUGCCAUUCAUUACUUUUAGAAGAGAAACCAUGUUUUUAAAAACUAUAAGCAUUUACUGGAAAUAGAAUGUACUACGUUAUUAAUAGCCUUAUAAAGAACAUAAUUAUUUAUUGAAAAUUAGUGGUUUUUACUUUAUUGUGAUUCCAUCUUAUUUAUAAUUGUUAACAGACAAUACACUUUUUAUAUUUGUUAUAACAAAUAAAUUACAUGAAACAAUA